AUGGGCGACAAAGAUUUAUAUUCAAAGGAAUCCAGGAGUUCCCAGGGUCAAAUUCGCGAAGUCAGCAGCUCUAUAACUGAAGAAAGUGACCCUUUCUCGGCAAAUCAAUAUUUCGGUUCUGCUACUUUAUCAAAUCGUACUUCUUCUGUAGUAGAUACUGACAAUGAAGAUUCCUCAAUGUUGUCAAGUUCUAGUAAGGCCUUAAAAAAAGAUAAAUAUUCCUCCUCUACUACAACAAGAAAAUCAAAAAAUCCUAUAUCAACAAAUGAUAUUACAACAAACGAAUCUUAUUCGGGUCUAUCGCCUGAAACUCAGAAUAUUAUAAACUCUAUAAACUCUUUAAAAUAUACUGAAAAAAAAAAAACAAAUGUUUCACGUGCCAUGGUAGACGAAAUUUUAAGAGAUGCAAAACUUAAAGUUGCUGCUCGUGCUAUUGAAAACAAUCUUUCAUCUGGUUCAACGAAAAAGUUGGAUACUUCUCGUUUAGCAAGUUCUAAAUCAAUGUCUUCUGUUGGAAACACUUUAGAAAAUAAAUAUAAUUUUAAUCCAUUAUCCACAUCCGAUCAAGAUGAAAAAAAAUCAAAAGAUUCUUUCACUAAUGAUGAAGUAGCUGAAAAUCCUAAAGUACAAUCAACAAAUCGUACUUAUUCCCGUUUGCUCCCAUCUCGUUUGGCAAGUUUAAUAGGAAUUAAUACCGGUAGUUCUACUACUGUUGACUCUUCAAAAACUGAAUCAAAACUUGAAUCUACUACUUCAACAAAAACUGAUGGUUUAUCAACUAUGCAAACUGGAAAUAGUACUAAUCAUGUGGCUGAUGUAGAUACUUCUCGAAAUGUUAGUCAAAUUAAAGAGGAUAAUAAAUUUAAUCAAAUUACAAACGAAAGCAAUGUAUCUAAACCUACUUCAUCUAAUAAUUCUGAACAUUCAAAACAAACUCCUGAUAUAAGUGUUGAUACAAAUGUAGGCAGAACUUCUCGUAAAGAACAAAAAUAUGUGGUAAGAUCUACUGCUUCCCCUCGGUUUACAAAGAAACGUGGUGUAGUUAUUCGCCGUUCAAGUGCCAAGAUUAUACCAAAACAUGGUUCUGAGGAUGAUUAUCAACGUACAUCAAAAAAACCGGUUAAAACUGUUGAGAUAUCUAGCGAAUUAGAUGAAUUAGGUUCUCAAUUUCAAGAAACACUUACUGAAUUUUCUAAAAGAUACCAAGAUUCAACUGUUGCUCUUGCUGAAAAAUCUUACCUUUUAAAGAGGAAUCAAGAAUUAUGGCAUACUUUAGCUGCUAAAGAAGAGGAAAUUGAAUAUCUUAAAAAUGAAUUAUGGCAAGCUGGAAAUAAAAUUCAAGAUUAUGAAUCUGAUCUUAAAGAUAUUAUUGAACAACAACAAGAACCUCUUACACUUACUCAAGAAGAUUUAAUACGUAUUGAAAGGGAAAUUGAUGAUCAAGAAGUUUUAAUUAAUGAUUAUCAAAGAGAAAAUGAUAAAUUAGUUGGUGAAAUAAAGAAUUUGAAUGAAAGAUUGCGUGUUACUGAAGAAGAGAGAGAAAAUUAUUAUAAUAAAAUUAAUGAGUUAUAUAAAGAAAUUGAAAUAUUAAAGGAAUCUCUUCAUGAACAAGAAACUAAAGAAAUAGUUCCGGAUGGUACUAUGCGACAAAUUGAAGAUAUGAAAAAAGAAAUUGAACGAUUAAAAGGAAAAGAAAUAUCUUAUGAGUUCAAAGAAAUGGCUUUAAAAGAAAUGGAUGGACUAAAAAAAGAAUUGAGCGCACUUAGAGAUAUAGAAAGUGAAUAUAUGCUCAAAGUUGACGAUUUAGAACAUCAAUUGGCUGGAGCAAAUGAAGAAAUCGAAGAGAUCACUCGAUCUAAAACAGAAUCUUUGGAAAAAUUGACCGAAGAAAUGAACAUGAUGAAAUAUACGUACGAAUCACAAAUUGAGAACAUAAAAAAGGAGUCAAUUUCAAAAGAAGGAAAAGAAACUCGUUUCCGUAAAUUACAAAAUGCUCUCGAAAAAAUAGAAACAAUAGCAAGCACAUAUCCAGAGGUGACUCAAGUUUGUACUGACUUACGAAGAAUUAAUCUUCUCCCUCCUAAAAAAAGACGCAAAUCUGCAACAGAUUUGUCUAAUAAAGAUAUAUAUGGAUAUGGUACUAAAGAAACACGAUCAACUCGUUCACCUACAACCAAAAGUCUUAAAAGAAGUCCAUCUCAAUCAUCUCUUGGCAGAAAAUCGCGAGCAAGUUCUCUUAGUCGUACUGUGAGCCCUACACCAUCUGUAUUAUCAAGUGUGAGUGCUUUUAGUAGUAAAGACCUUCAGGAUGAGGAAACCUUAUAUAGCAGCGAAGAGAUAACUGAAUUAAAAGAAAAAGUUGUAAAACUUGAGGAAGAAAAUAAAACCUCCAAUGAGUCAAUAGAAAAAUUGGAAGAAGAGUUGAAACUACUUAAUGAAUCAAAGUCUAAACUCGAGGAAGAAGUAAAUAAUUUAAAGCAAGAACAAGAGCAUUGUGACCGUAAAAUGAAAGAGAUGGAAGAAUUAUUGGCAGUACUUCCUUCAGAUGAACCUGAUGAUAACGAUUCAAAUGCUAAUAAACCAAUCUUAUUACCUAAUUCUCAACCGGUAAUUCCUCCACAAAACUUAAUCCAACAAUUAGAUAACAAACAAAAUAUUAUUGAAGAGUUGGAAUAUGAACAAUUAGUUGAAAGAGCACAAGCCGCUGCAGCAAUAGCUCAAAUAACACCUAAUGGUACCACUUCUGAAGGAGGUGAAUCUAGCGCUGUGAAUGGCAAUAGUGAUCCUUCUAAAGUUCCCAUUGAUAUAUCGUCUAAUAUUGAAAGUAAUGACUUUUCUCUUGCUAGCGAUAUUGAUAUUAUGGAUUUCUUUGGUCUUGGAGAUAAUCAAGUUUCUGCCAUUGAAAAGCUCAUCGCACAAUUGGAAAGAACCAUUGUCGAAAGGACAAUGCAGCGAGACGCUGCUCAUCAACGAGCGACUGAUGCCGAGACUAAACUUUUGGCAUUAGCUAAAGAAAAAAUGAAAUGGGGAAGUGGUUAUGAUUCAACAGUCAAGCAACUUAAAACACAAGUUCAACAUUUGCAAGAGCUAUUACAAAUGGAAAGGAAAGCGGCAAGAAAAUCAUUAACGAAUGACUCUACACAGGAUAAAACGGAUAAAACUGAUAAAACUGAUAUUCAAUCUGAUUCACAAGAAUUGCCAUCGCAAACAGGACAACAUCAACCAAAACCUACAUGUAAUGACCAGCCUCCAAUGGCAAAUGAUUUGACAUCUGAGUUGAAAGAUCUUCGUAAUCAAAUUGAAUUACUGGCCGCUGAAAAUAAGAAUUUAAAAGCUCAAUUGAAUACCUCAGAAGCCAUAAGACAGGCAGUUCACGAAAAUACUCUAACUAUAUUGCAACAAGCCAAUAAAUCUUCUCAUACUACUGAUGAAAAUGUGACCGGAAUAAGAAAAUUAGCGUUAGAAAAAGAAGCAGAAGUCAGUGUUUUGAAAAGUCGAUGUGUUGGGCUGGAGAAUGUAAUUGAAAGACAACGAGAACUACUUUCCCUUAUUGUUCCUACUAUAGCUGGUAAUGUUACUACUAUCGGAACUAAAAAUUUGACGGAUGGUAAUGUUGGAGAUAUAAAAAAACUUGUCGAGGACGACGGUAUUGAUGAAAAUACGCUUACGGGUCUCACUGAAUCCGCAAAGAGAUUGAUCCAACAACUUCGAGAAGAAAACGCGUUAUUACGCAAAGUACUUCCAAUAUGUCAACAGCAAAUAAGUAAAAAUGAAGAUGAGCCUCCACAAUAUACGCCACCAUUGGUGCCAUUUUCAUCAUCUACACCUACAUCAAUCCAGCUUGAUGCCCUUGCAUCACAGAUUUCUGAAAUGGAGGCCCGUUUCCUAAAACGAGAAAAGGAGUUGCAGGAUAUUAUUGCUGAAACAAAACGUCAAGGAGAAUUACAACUAGAACGAUGGAAUACACACAAAAAAGUCAAAAACAAACCUGGAGUCCCAAUAACAAGUUGCGAAUAUGAUGGUGUCGAAGUAGAAGCUAUAAGGCACAUACUCGAAGACCUUGAAGCCCAACGAUGUUGUACUUCAAAAUUCUUUGCUAUAUUACUUCAGACGACUAAGCAAGCAAAGAAAAGGCCAACACCUGAAAAUUCGGAAAGAA